AUGGAAAACACUGUUCCUUAUGAGCCAAUCGCCGUGAUUGGCAUGGCCGGCAAGUUCGCUGACGAGGCUGAAGAUUGCGAAAAGCUUUGGCAGGUUCUGCUAGAGGGGAAGUGCACAUGGCGACCGUUUCCUCAAGAUAGGCUCAAUGUUGACACUCACUUCCACAAUGAUCCCGAUCGGGGAGGCACUCUCCGAGUGGCUGGAGGACACUUUCUCGCGGAAGAUCUGUCCAAAUUUGAGGCGGGCUUCUUUAGUAUUUCACAGGCAGAAGCAGAGAUGAUGGACCCGCAGCAUCGCCUUUUGUUGGAGAAUGUUUACCACGCCCUCGAAAACAGUGGUAUCACACUAAAAAAGGCCAAAGGCACGGAUACGGCCGUUUAUGUCGCCUGCUUCUCAAAUGAUUAUCGGGACAUGCUUAAUGCAGACCCCGAACAGAUUCAAAAACACAAGAUAUUGGGUACACAUGAUGCCAUACUUUCAAACCGCAUUAGUUGGUUUUUCGACUUCAAAGGAACCAGCGCUACCGUGGACACGGCAUGCUCGGGCAGUCUCGUUGCAGUGCAUAUGGCAUGCCAAAGCUUGAUUCUGGGUGAGUCGAACAUGGCUAUUGCGAGCGGUGUAAACCUCAUCAGCUAUCCUUACACAACGCAGGAUCUCUCGAAGCUAGGCGCAUUGUCACCCGAUGGGCCGUGUUAUAGUUUUGACCAACGAGCCAAUGGUUAUUCGCGAGGUGAGGGGGUCGGCACGGUUGUUCUUAAGAAACUCGCCACGGCAGUCAGAGACGGCGACACGAUUCGAGCAGUCAUCCGUGCAAGUGCGGCAAAUCAGGAUGGGAGGACUACAGGAAUCUUCAACCCAUCCACUGAUGCACAAGCGCGGUUGAUCCGGACAACUUAUAAAGCUGGUGGCAUCAAUUUGGAUCAAACUGGUUAUUUCGAAGCGCACGGCACAGGAACAUCCACCGGUGAUCCAGCAGAACUGCGUGCGAUAGCGUCUGUAUUUGCGGAUCGAACGUCAACACACCCUUUAUACGUCGGGUCAAGCAAGUCAGCUUUGGGUCAUACAGAGAGUGCAGCAGGGAUCUUGGGCCUGAUAAAAACAGUAUUGUCGCUCGAGUGUGGCCAGAUAUGCCCUAAUGUGAAUCUUGAAAAGCUGAAUACAGCGAUUCGUGCGGACGAAUGGCGAAUGGAAUUCCCCACAACAGCUGUGCCGUGGCCUAAGCCGGGCCCAAGGGUCGCAUCGAUCAGCUCGUUUGGCUUUGGCGGGACAAAUGCGCAUGUUGUGGUAUGCGAUGCAUAUCAUGAGCUAAAGCAAAGCAGGCAGCAAGCACCCCACCUGACACGAAUCGACCCGAUUUGUGCCGCUGCUACUAAAUCUACCGAUGCCCCGAUGACAGACAGUAGGGAAGCAACUGAGGAUAUCAAACAAAGUCUCAGAUCUAGGACGAGUAUCGAGGUCGACAACUCUCAAAUAUUUUCCAUCUCUUCAUUUGACGAAAAGGGGGUACAUCGCCAAGCAGAACGGCUGUCCCACUAUGUCCUAUCCCGUAACUACGCAGUGGAGCACAAGGACGAGUUCCUGGGCAAUAUUUCGUAUACAUUGAACUGCAAAAGAACACAGUUCGGAUGGCGUGCUGCUUGCGUUGCGGCCAGCGUUGAAGAACUGACCGAUUCGCUCGCAAAAUUGCAACCGACACGAGGUAUCGCCACCCCGGGGGUAGCCUUUGUGUUCUCAGGACAGGGGAGUCAAUGGCAAGGGAUGGGUCGUGGACUUAUGCGAUUCGCUCCGUACCGAAAAUCAUUACAGUCUGCAACAACAUUCUUCAAACGUCUGGGAGUCACGUGGAGUGCGAUAGACCUUUUGGCUGACCUUGACUCUGACAUCAAUGACUGCUUGCUCUCACAUCCUUUGUGUACAGCCCUUCAAGUCGCCGUUGUUGAUUUGUUGAGAAGCUGGAGUAUAGUCCCGCAUUCAGUGGUCGGGCAUUCAUCCGGUGAAAUUGCAGCAGCAUAUGCAGCAGGGGCUAUAAGCCAGAAGGCCGCCUGGUUGCUAGCAUUUUGUCGGGGACUAGUCUCAAAGGCUAUUGCGGAUGAAGGGGCAACAAUGAUGGCCGUGAGAGCGACGGAGACGGCCCUCUUGCAUCAUAUAGAAGCCUGUCCCAGCCGAGACCUUACAAUCGCCGCCUUUAAUUCCCCCACAAGCUUUACUGUAUCUGGCAGUAGAGCAUCAUUGAACGGUUUGAAGGAGCGGCUGGGACAUGAUGAGAUCACGGCGAAGUGGUUGAAUGUCCAAAAUGCUUAUCAUUCUCCUCACAUGAAGAGCGUCGUCCAGGAAUAUAUCCACCUCAUUCAAGAGGUAGAGACGCAUAAACCCACCAUUGUAUCGGGAGCUUUAUCAGCGAAAAUUAUUUCAAGUGUGACUGGGAUUGAGGUUCGAGGAGAGGCUAUGCGAACAGCAGAGUACUGGGGGCGGAAUCUUCUAUCUCCGGUGCGCUUUUCAUCCGCCAUUGAGAAGAUGUGCGUGGAAGACGAAAUUGGGAUAGUCAUAGAGAUUGGCGCUCAUUCAACGCUCAAAGCCCCGAUAAUCGAGACUCUCCAGGAGAGAGGAAUCGACGGGAUUCGAUAUUUGAACACAGGCACGCGCAAUAUCCUCACAUCUACCCCAUGCCUGCAAGCGUUAAGCUCACUAUGGGAGACGGGGUACCCAGUCCAUCUUGCAGCUAUGUUUGAUUCUGCCGCUUCUACUACUGCACAGAAGGCCCCAAGGAAGCAGUCUAGGCAGAGUGAUGUCCAUCUCCUUGCUUCGCUACCACCAUAUUCCUUCAAUCACAGCACAGCCUACUGGAAAGAAAGUCGCUUCAGUAAAAAUUAUCGCUUUCGCAAGCAUCGAAGGUCAGAUGUACUGGGCGCCCCAGUAAAUGAUUGGAAUCCACGUGAGCCGAGGUGGAGAAACUUCUUAAGAAUCACAGAAAGUCCAUGGAUGGCGGACCACGUGGUCUCUGGGAAGAUCAUCUUUCCUGGGGUAGGCUACGUGGCAAUGGCGAUUGAAGCGGCAAGGCAGAUAGCGGAUCCAGGCCAGCAACUCCGAGGCUUCAGACUCCGAGAUGUGCACAUUCAUUCUGCUCUUCUUAUCCCAGAUACUACCGAUGGCAUAGAGACGGAUUUCAGUCUCUUGCCUGUGAUGGAGACCAUCAGAAAAGUGUCAAAGCCCUGGAAACAAUUCCAUAUAUAUUCCUACAAUGAGGAACAUGCCGAAUGGCGUCUCCAUUGUACCGGGAAAAUUGCUCUCGAAUACGAUAACGACAAAGACAUUUUGGACAGAGGGCCCAUGAACCAGGAACAAUGGGAGGGUGAGCUCCACCGGAGCCUUGCGAGAUGUCGGUUUCCAAUCGAUUCUGAACGAUUGUAUGAGUGGGCCGACGAUGUUGGCUUCAGCUUUGGGCCAAUGUUUCGUAACAUGUCCAAUGUGAAGCUGAGUACAACUCCCCAUCAAGGGAAAUCAGCUGCAAUUAUAACAGUCCCAGACAUCGGCAGCGUGAUGCCUGGUGGCUAUGCCUUUGAUCACGUAGCUCAUCCGACAACAUUGGACGUAUUGAUGCAUACUUGCUUCGGGGCGAUCAAGAGCUUAAAGGGUCUCGAAGCAAAGCUCCCGAUGUAUCUUCCAAAUGUAUUUCGCGAAGUUUGGGUGUCAGCCGAGAUUAGCAGUGAGGUAGGACAUGAAUUUAUGGGGUACAGCCGCGUGCAACCACUAUCCCAUACGACAUUCCAGGGCAAUGCUGCAAUGAUGGACAGAGCAACUUCCUCUGUGAAAGUAGCCCUCAACGAUGUGGAAUUGGUCAGAGUUGACACCCAUUCGAAGCAUGGGCAGCAACCGAUAUGCCACGCCAUCGCAUGGAAACCAGAUGCUGAAAGCCAAUUUUGUGAAGUCAAAGCCAAUGCCUCGGGGGAAAAUCCGGGGUUCAAGUCUUUUGAGAUGCUUGAACUCAACGCUGCCAUUUUUAUCGAGACAGCUAUCGCUGAACUAGACCGAGAUGAAACUCCCGUUGUCUGUCCUGAACACAUCGACAAAUAUAAGGCAUGGAUGAGGCACAAAUUCGAGGAGAUUGGGGCUGGAAUGCAAAGCUGCUUGGAUGCAUCAGAGCUAAAGCGCUAUAUGGGAGACCGGGCUGCCAUGUAUCAGUUGCAGGAAGCGACGAAGACCUCCAGUGCGACAGGAAAUCUGUGCGUGCUCAUGGGCAGGAACAUCGGCAAGAUUUUAAAGCAGGAGAUCGACCCCCUCGAGCUUAUGUUCGGUGAAGACCUGAUGAACGCAGUUUAUGAUGAAUUCUCCCGAGGGGGGAGGCUGCCUGGCCUUUUCGACCAGUACCUUGAACUCCUUGGACAUAAAUGUGAACGGCUGAGGAUCCUCGAAGUGGGUGGUGGGACAGGAGCGACGACCACUCCGGUACUGAAUAGACUUUGUCCCAUCGGCGACACUAUCUCUCAGGAGGCAUGGAAAGUGGAAAAGUUGGUGUUCACCGAUAUAUCCCCAGCAUUCUUUGAAAAGGCAGCAGAUAGGUUCAAAAGCUGGGAAGGCAUAAUACAGUACAGGACGUUUGACAUCGAAACUGACCCCAAACACCAAGGGCUGGGGGACGAAUGGUUCGAUAUUGUUCUCGCCGGGAAUGUCAUUCACGCAACGAGAAAUGUUGACAACACGUUGCAAAAUCUCCGGUCCCUGUUGAAGCCACAAGGGCGUCUCGUCCUGCAUGAACUUAUAAAACCCAGUAUGCUCACGAUACCGAUGAUAUUCGGCUUGCUUCCUGGGUGGUGGUUAGCCGGAGACCGAGACAGACACCUUGGCCCAUUGCUUGACGAGAAUGGUUGGGAACGGGCAUUCAAAGACAAUGGUUUCACGGGGAUUAACCAUAUUCUCUCUGACAGCGCCAACGCUGAAACACACCUGUCCAGUAUUAUGGUGGCCAGGGCCACAUGUGAUGAUCGGCCUCAUUUGCUGCAGAAUUCAGUUUCCAUCGUGAAUCUAGAUUCGGAAACAAGGGGACGGGAUAUGUCUAGCCAGUUAGCGGACGACCUGCGUCGUGCGUACGGAUCUGAGGCAUGCCGUGUUGUACCGCUUGACCAUGUCUCUGGGUCACACAUUGAAGACUGCCCGGCCAUUGUCAUCAUGGAUUGGCCAGAUCAGAAAUGGGACAACAUGACGGAGAACAUGUGGCAUAUUAUGAGGGACCUUCUGAUAUGCUGUAAUAAGCUACUUUGGGUUUCCCUGUACGAUGCAGAUGCAGAUCCAAGAUUUGCUAUGUGUACUGGAUUAAUUCGAACAUCCCGGUGGGAAUACUUUUCCUCCGACCGCAACUUGGUCACUCUGGACAUCACAAUUGAUACCAACUCGUCAGAUUCGUCUGUAUCUGCCAUUCAGGAGGUUUUUAAUCGGCAGUUCAUCAUAUCAUCAGAGCAUCCUAAUGAAGAAUACAAGCUGGAAGGCGGUCAGCUCUAUACGUCACGGCUUCAAGACCUUCACGUUGUCAAUGACUUCCUCGGCGGCCAGAUCACCGGUGGUUCGGUCGGUGAAGUUGAGAAACGUUUAUUCAGAUCUGUUCGGGGAGAAGGGGUCAAACUGCACGCGGUAAUGUCGAAUGAAGGGGGUACUCCCAUCUUUGUUAAGGACAAUGACAGAAAGAAGUCCUUAGGCCAUUCUGAGGUUGAGGUGGAGAUAAAAGCAGUAGGUGUCAACUUUCGCGAUUUACUCAUAGCUAUGGGUCAGCCCGUGGGGACCAAUAUUGGAGUUGAAGGAGCUGGAAUUGUGAGUGCUGUGGGAAUCAAUGCCAAAGGGCGGCUAUCGGAGGGCGACCGAGUCAUUAUCUUAGCGGACCCAUCAAGCAUGGGAACAAUUCGAACAUAUUGUCGGACACAUUGUGACUUAGUCACUCAGAUACCGGACGAUGUAUCUUUCGAGGUGGCCAGUGCCUUGCCAAUAAUCGGAUCAACAGUGCUGUAUUCAUUGCGCGAUGUGGCUCGACUAUCAACGGGAGAGAGCAUCCUCAUCCACGCUGGUGCUGGAGGAACCGGCCAAGCGGCUAUUCAGUAUGCCCAGGCAGUAGGGGCCGUGGUUUUCACAACGGUCUCAAGCCGAGAGAAAAUGCAACUUGUGAUGAAUUUGUACGCCAUUCCGGAGGAUCAUAUCUUUUACAGCAGAGAUGGCCAAUUUGCCGAACGUAUAAAACUUGCUACAAGAAACAGAGGAGUUGAUGUCGUGCUCAAUUCACUCGGGGGAGAAUUGCUGCAUCUUUCUUGGGGCUGUCUUGCCCCUCUGGGCCGGUUCAUAGAGCUGGGAAAGAGAGACAUAAUGGACAAUGGGAAGCUCCAUAUGCGUCCAUUCGCUCGAGGAACCACAUUCACUUGUGUGGACAUGUCCCUGCUAACGUCCUUAGACCCAACUAGGGUAGGGCGCUUGAUAGACGACACUUUGUGCCUUUAUAUGCAGGGAAGAAUUGGUCCUCCAUCUCCACUAACUGUGCUCAAAUUUUCAGACGUCGGUGAGGCUCUGCGUCGCUUCCAGACAGGAGAAGCCAAGGGCAAGAUGGUACUGGUAGACUCUGGUAAUGAUAUGGUGCCGAUGCUGCCACCCACAACUUCACCGUUGUGCUUCCCACGAGACGCGUCAUAUGUCAUCGCUGGAGGGGUCGGAGGAUUAGGACGUGAGAUCGCUAGAUGGAUGGCAUAUCGAGGAGCCCGACAUUUAAUCCUUUUAUCUCGCUCUGGUGGUGAUCCUGAAUCCGUCACAGCUUUAAUGAACGAUUUGAAAACGGUGGAAUGUGAAGCGGCGGUGGUCCAGUGUAACAUUGCUGACCGCGGCGCGAUGAACGCUGCGCUGAAAAGUGUUCGCAACUUUCCUCCAAUCAAGGGUUGUAUCCAAGCUGCGAUGGAGUUGAAGGACAUGCCUCUGGCAAAUAUGGCGGCUGCUGAUUUCAAGACCGCGACUUCUCCAAAGGUAGAAGGGUCCUGGAAUCUUCAUUCAAUACUUCCCAACGACAUGGAGAUCUUUAUCAUGCUCUCUUCUAUCGCAGGUAUCAUCGGGGCGCGUGGUGCCGCAAAUUACGCAGCAGGAAAUACCUUCCAAGAUGAACUAGCUCGAUAUCGUUCAGAUCGCGGCCUACCUUCCUAUACCAUUGACCUUGGAGUGGUUGCUUCAGCCGGCUACGUAGCAGAAAACUGGAAGGCGAAGAGAAACCUGUCAUCGAGGGCUUCAGGCCAGCUCUCCGGUAUUCGGAUGGAAGACCUUUUCCGUAUCCUGGAGUCUCGACACUGCCCCCUUAAUGGACCGCACUCUGAAUUCCGGCGAGGUGCUAGACUACCAGCGCAGACUCGUGAAUCGCAGGGUCUGGUUUCCUCGACUGGGACUCGGUCGCGCAAGGAAGAAGCACGCUCUCAACUGAAUGCAGCAGAUAACUGGCAGUCUGCUGUUGACACUGUGGUUCACUGUGUGCAAGAGAAGCUUUCGUCAAUGCUCUGCAUCCCAAUGGCGGAAAUAGAUCCCCACCGCCGGCUAAGUGACUAUGGCGUCGAUUCUCUGGUCGCAGUAGAAUUCCGGACAUGGAUGAACAGAGCCAUCGGAGCAGAUAUUCCUGUGCUGGAAAUCAUGGGGUCUGACAAUAUUGAUGCAGUUAGUUGCAGAGCAGCGCAUUUAAGCGAGUUCCGGGAUCAAAUAUUGGAUGUGGAAAAACAUCAAGAAAUGUCGUACUAA